AUGGACUCGUUCGCUUUGGACACUUCAGACUGCAGCCAGGAAACUGGACUUUGGAACUGUGGGAGUUAUCCACCUGCCAUGGCACAAUUGGAAGCAUUUGUGGUUGGCCAUGAUGCCCCUGAUGGAAUACUCUACUCUGCCACCGGGGUUUCUUCCACCUCGUUUGACCUGACACUCAACCAUGUGAAAACCCCGGCAGAGCAUGUGGGCAACUCGUAUCAGAUGGUUGACUACGGAGUAGAAAACGUCUGCUCUGAGAAAAGAAGCCACAGAUCGUCCUGA